UCUUCAUAAUAAUUAUUGAUAAGACAAUAUAUCACCCGCCAAUAGCGCAUAUUUAUAUUUUCUUCGCAUCAGCUCCGUGGUAUAUCGAAAUGUACUAUAUUUUAUUUCACUUUCACGUUUCAAAUUUAAUCACAUGUGUUAAAAGUCUAUUAAUAUGUUGUUAAGUAUAUUAAUUUUUUGUUUGCGGUGAUCGGUGGCUUGUGAUUGUUGAAUAUAAGAUUGAUAAACAAUAAGUGUUAAUGUGAAAACAAAUUAUGGAUCCUAAUAAUUUACCCAAGUUUGUAUAUCUACACAAAAAUCACAAGUUCAGGUUGAAAUUGGGGUUCUAUGCUGCACCUAGUAAUCCAAAAACAUUUUCAAAAUCAAUCAAGGAUGAACUUCAGAAGCUGAAAUUUACAUUCUGUUCUGAUUUAAAUGGAUUGAUUAUGGGAUUUGGUAAAAUAAGUUCUAAUGAACUAAUUCCAGCUGAUAUACGACAUUGUAUUAGUGUUGGUGUCAAUGUUGAUGUAUUUAUAUUCAGACCUCCCAUUGGAUCUACUAUCGAAGCUGUAGUCAAUCAAACUAGUGAUAGUCAUAUCAGUUGUUUGGUGCAUAAUUUGUUCAAUGUUUCAAUUAUGCGACCUGAUAAUCAACCAUUCAAUAAUUGGUCAGGAUCUAAAAUUAAAAAAGAUGACAAGAUUCAUGUGAAAUUUUUAUCUUUUGAUCAUACAAAAAAACUACCUCAUAUUACAGGAGAUAUUGUGAUCAACAAUAAAAAUGAAUGUAAUAAUUUCAAAGAUGAGCAACAUCAUUCUUCCAUAAAAUCUUUAAAUGAUAAAAAUUCUAAAAAUAUUAUGAAACAAAUAGAAAAAAGAGAUCCUUAUAGUUCAUCAAGUGAUUCUGAAUCUUCAGAUGAAAUUAAACAUACUACUUUCUCAAAAACUGAUGAUAU